AAGCAAUCAUCAUACAGAGAUGACGCAUCCCAUCCCACUGCAUAUCUCUCUGGUGCCCGUCCUGCGUGUGUGUAAUAAUACCGAACAGACGUGAGAUCCCCAUAGAAAUGGCUAGAUCAUGUGGGGCAGUGGGUCAUGCUCAGAUGAGUGGCAGUUGCGUAUAUUAUUGGCUUCUAUGCAUAUGGACCCGCAGAAAAUGACAGUGCCGGUCCCGAAUGAGGUUAGCUAAGAUAUAGCCAAGGCGUUUAGCGUGUCCCAAAAUAGAAGCCGUUCCGCUUACAGGGGCUCCGGGGCUCCAGAAAAGAAAAGAAGGAAAAAAAAAUUACCAAAAAUAAUUUUUCGACUCUUGGCCGUGCCCUCGUGCCUCAUCCAUGAUCCGGACAUGACCUGACCUAUCCCAUCAUGUCGCCCGACUUUUCGUACCGUCCGCUUUCGCUUCCUUCCCUUUCCUCUCUCUCUUUGUCGUCAUUCAUUCCUUCCCCGCCGUUUCUGUUCGCCCUUCUGGUUGUGAGCGGUCUCUCCUCGAAGAUUCUGCACAUUUUCCUACAUAUACAGUCGUUACCCUUCAUCUAUUUCGUUCUCUACUUGCCAACUCUGUUUCUACUCGAUUUCCUAGUAAUCGUCAUCGUUCGUUUGCUACUACCAAAUCCCGACUCGAAACCUAAGCUGGCAGUAUGCGUUCUUGGUGGUGUCCUGACAUUUCUUACCUGGGGUGCAUCUGCGAUUCAGUUCGGUUUCUUCUUCCAGACGGGGUCGGAGGUGGAAUGGACGGCCACUGACAGCUUCCUACGCGAUCCCGCAGCAAUGAAGUUGCUGAUGAGCGGCAUAUCCAGCGUCACCGCAGCCGCGACGGUGAUAUUCUUCGCUUCCUGGUUUCUCAGCCCUCGAUUGUACAACGUCACUGGUCGCUGGAUGCAGGCUAUUCGCGAUCAUUGCUGGGAAGGCGUAAAGGAACCGCGUGCCAUUCUCCCCUUGACCAAGUCGACUUUCAACCGACGCUCCUUUCUUUGGAUUAUCCCGGCUAUCGCGUUCACUGUCUCGCUUGUGUUCCUGGAGAUUACCCGACCAUCCAUCCCGUAUGAUCACCUCUCUGGAGCGCUUCCCCUGACGCUUCUGAAUGCUUUUCAGAAGCCCGUUGGAUGUCGUCCCCCACGUCACCUUUUUCCUCCGCGUGGUGAGGGCGGGAUGGACAAACCUCCCAGCUGGACUCCUGGAAUCGACGUUACUGUAGAUGCUCCUCUCGAACGCCCAGCUUGGUUGCCAGAAUCCCAUAUACCCGGUUUCAGUCGAUGGGACAUCGAUCCGCAUGACAUGAAAUAUUUCCAGCCGGAAUGUCCAGGCUCCAAAAACCCCUAUGAGCCCUACAACCCUAAGACGGAUCCUAUGAAAAUCUCCAAUCUCGACAGUGAUAUUCUUGCCCCGUUACGGAGCGCUCUGGAGGAAUCGAAUGUCGAAAUAAACCAUGUGGUACUCCUAACGCUAGAAAGUGGCCGGAAGGAGUUGUUCCCCAUGCAGUCUGGGACUCCAUUGUAUGACGCCAUCCUCGAAUCUAAUAAGAGGAGGGACAGGGCGAGAGUCAUUGAUGAACUUUCGACAAUGACCCCUGUCGCACAGAUGGUCACGGGCGAAUAUGCUGUGGACAGCAACGGCCAAAUAAGCAACCUCACUAAUGCUACAUGGCAUGAUUCCGCUGCUCCUGGAAUGGGCGGCAUAAAUAUUCAAGGAGCUCUCACCGGUAGCACUCUGACAUUUAAAAGCAUUCUUGGAAGCCACUGUGGUGUGAGCCCGUUGCCUGUGGACCUUUUGGAGGAGGUCAAUCUCGAUAUAUACCAGCCAUGUCUGCCACACAUCUUUGAGCUUUUCAAUCGACUCAAGGGCAAUUCUAGUUCUCAUGAUGGAAAAGAUAUCGACAGCUUCUUGGAACGGCCGUGGAUGUCAGUCUUCGUGCAGUCCGUCACGGAAGAAUAUGACCGACAAUAUCAACUCAACAAAAACAUGGGCUUCGACCUUAGAAUUACUCGAGAGACAUUAAGGGAUCCUGAUUCGAAGUACUAUCCUCCUACAACAAGCGAACUCAACUAUUUUGGCUACGCUGAAAGCGAGACCUAUCCAUAUAUGCGCGAUAUUAUCUUGGACGCAGUGAACAAUAACACCCGCCUAUUCCUUUCACAUGUCACCAGUUCAACGCAUCAUCCAUGGAAUACCCCGAAGUCGUAUGACAAGAAGGAGUACAUGGGAGAUCUGGGGAGUGUCGACCAUAGUCUGAUGAAUGACUACCUAAAUACCAUUAGCUACGUUGAUGAUUGGCUGGGCAAAGUACUGGGCCUCAUCGAUGAAGCUGGCAUUACCAACUCUACGUUGGUAGUGAUGGUCGGUGAUCACGGCCAAGCAUUUGGCGAGGACUCCAAGGUCACCGGAACCUAUGAAAACGGCCACAUCAGUAACUUCCGCGUCCCGAUCGUUUUCCGUCAUCCUCAUCUACCCCGAGUCAACGUUACCGCCAAUGCAACUUCCAUCUCCAUCCUCCCCACCAUUCUCGACCUCCUGGUCCAAACACACUCCCUAGAUGAAAAUGACACCGCCAUUGCCUCGUCUUUGAUCCAUGAAUACCAAGGACAAUCCCUCAUCCGUCCGUUCAAGAACGAACAAGACGGCCGUUCUGUGUGGAACAUGGGACUUAUCAAUGCGGGCGCGUCGAUGCUCUCCGUCUCGGCCGCGAAUGUGCCAUACCGCCUCGUUCUCCCCUUUAAAGAGGGCUUCGAGUACCGGUUCACCCAUCUCGAGAAGGAUCCGGGUGAGGUUUAUCCGGUCGAAGAGUGGACGAUCAAGGAGCUUGUUCGGUCCGUAUCGAAGAAGUAUGGCACAGAGGCGGCUGACUGGCUCCGACAUGCCCAGAAAGUGGGCAGGUGGUGGGUCAAGGAGCAGAAACGGAUCUGGGAUUAUCGGGGGUAGUCGACAUGUGUGCAAUGUCGACUACGCCCGUAAUGAGAAUGAGCUCGUACUUUUAUGAAAAGUUUGAUUGGGUUGGGUAUUAAUAAUUCUGGACUUGUUUAUAUACAGCUGUAACAUAUGCGUGGUCACUUUCCUUUCUUUUGUAUAUAGUUGGCCUCUUUGGGAGGUUUUGUUCGGUGUGCAUCAUGGUUGCUAGUGCUUUUUGUUGCAUUUCAGGAUAUUACAUUGGCUCAAGGCAUAUAUAUGGUUUGUUUUAUUCAAAUGUAUAUUAGAAUUUAUCAAGGGAAGUCUUCCACCACAAAUUAGAUGCAUACCGGAAGAAAGUGUAUCGAUGACAGGA